AUGAUCUAUCGACAGGUCUACGCCAAUAGCGGUGCCACACCUCUGAUCUCCUACAAACGUUACCUCAAAGCACAAAUGCAUCUCGAGAGAAUCAAAAAGAUCUACAAGAGAACCGGUGAUUCCAUCGGUUAUCCUUGGAAGACCGAUAAAAUUAAUAUCAUUGAUAGAAUUUUAAAAGAAAAUAAUAUUUCAACAACUGAAUUCGAACAAAAUGAACAAAAAUAA